AGAAAUGAAAUGAAAUAAUUUCUAUGUUUGACUUAUUACACGCUUACCUACUCUUCAACUUUAAACAGGCAGAGGAGCUCUAUAAGUGUGUAAUGAGAAUUACAGACUUUUAGGAGAGGUGCCCAGAGCCGAGGAUAAACAAGGUUUCUCGUGCCUUGAGAUAUUUAGAACUCCGCAAGAAACAGGAAAUGGCAGAAAAAGCAGAGGACCACCCUCCUCCCAAGAGACAGGAUAUGGCAGAGGAAGCAAAGGACCAUCCUCCUCCCAAGAAACAAGAAAUGGCAGAGGAAGCAAAGGACCAUCCUCCUCCCAAGAAACAGGAAAUGACAGAAAAAGCAGAGGACCAUCCUCCUCCCAAGAAACAGGAAAUGACAAAAGAAGCAGAGGACCAUCCUACUCCUAAGAAACAGGAAAUGACAGAAGAAGCUGAGGACCUUCCUCCUCCCCCAUCAGGAGCAAAGUAUAGUGGGACAUUAUACGAUGAAGAGGAAAUCUUAGAAGAAUCGCUGAAGCCCAUAUCGAUCAAAUACCUUGAGGAGGAUCUGUUGAAAAUAUUGCACGAAGAUAUUCCAGAUGCCCUUUACGCAGAUGGAUUGGCAAAGAACGUGAUUCGAUGGCGCAAAGAAAAGAAUAUCCCAGAGGACCAUAAUAUCUAUGAACCGCUAGCUGAACUCAAGUGCGGCGCAUGCGUCAGCGUCUUCAACACCUCAUUUCAGGCGAUAAACUUCUAUUCACAAGACCCCGAGGACCAUAAGCUGACGGCGGCAUUACUGAAGACUCAUUUGAUCGAUUGGGGUUCGACAAAAAUCAACUGUGUGUUGGACGGUGUGCCAGAAAAGCUGACACCGAUGGUAAAUCAGAUAGUUUCCGUGAAGAAUUUGGAGAAACAUUUCUCCAUCAAAACCGAAAUGUACUGGAUGGACAAAGAGCGAGCCAGAAAUUUGAAGAUAGAGUGUCCAUCAAGUGUCCGUCUGGAGCGGCUGACCACUAAACAAGUUGAUUAUUUAGAUCGCUACUGGCCUCACAAAUUCGAAGGCUCCAAGGAAUAUCUGCAUACCUUGCUGCAGCGAAACCUUAGCAUGGGUGUAUUCCAACCUUUUGCAAAACAUCCUGUGGCAUGGGCUGUGUGCUCUCAUUCCUCUGCUAUUACAAUGCUGUUUACUUUGGAGACACAUCGGGGGAAAGGUUAUGCGCGACUUCUUUGUACGGCGAUAGCUCGUAAGCUUGGCGAGAUGGAUAUAGACCCUCGUGCUACUGUCCUGGAUGAUAAUCAGGCUUCGAAAAUUCUUUUCAUUACGCUUGGUUACAAAACGGGGGGCUAUUUCUAUUAUAUAGGACUCAGGUCGAAGCUAAAAGAGGGUAUGUGGAGGUACACCCCUGAUCCUGUAAAUCCCUUUUAUUACUCUGAGAAUAGGGAGGCUUUCACACCCAAGGGGAAAAGAGGGAAAUAAUAUGUUGAUACCAGUUUAACUUUUCAGCUCUGGCAAUCUGAAGGAAUUAGUCAGUUGGCAAGCGCAGAUGAAAGAGGAGGUAUAUUGUAAAUCUUGUCUAAACGAAACUAAUUGAAGCAGAUUAUUAAUGUAAGAUUCUGCAUUUUUUCAAGAAUUUACCAUAAGAUUCAGAUCUUAUACAGACAUUUCGACUAGGUUUUGCAAUGAGGGACUGCAAAAUCUGGCUUAUCUGUAGAAUGACCCAUCUGCGUAUGGAAACUAACAGUAUAUCGUUGCGGUGUCUGAAAAUCUCACACCCCAAUAUCAUUUAUUCAAAUAAGAAAAAAUUGACAGCAUUCCUUGAAGUUUUUGCAGAAUUUUCUUCGCACAGAGAAAUAAAAUCACAGCAGUUUUAAAGAAU